UGUUGUUCCACAAUGGCAAAGUUCUUUUAGGCAUUUUAUUUUCUAGCUUUUGUUUUCAAAUUAACUCGAAAUCAAACACAGAGGUCUAAUUCUAGCCCUAGCUAAUUCUGUUUUAAUCAUUGAUUUCUUUGGUUGUGGCAGUUGGUACUCGUUGCGUGCAUUAAUUUUGACCCAUUUAUCAAAGGUACGUGCACUCGUGUGUUUUUCUUAAGAUCUCAUCUUCCAUUUGAAUAUUUAUUUAUUAAUGAUGGGAAUGGAAUGAUUGUAUUCAUUGAUCAAUUGAUUUGUAUUUAUGAUGGAAUAAAUUGUUCAACUAAUUAUGCUAUUUAAACCAUUCUCUUAUGUGUAUGCGUGUGAUUAUUAGAUAUGAGAUACAUGUUAAUCUUAUCAACGUGAUUUUGAAUCCAUAUAAAUCUAGAAAUAUUGAAUCAAACUUGAGGCAAUAUACGUAAACAGCUUCGUUUGAAGAUGUGAUCAUAUCCCCAUUUUGAAUAAUGAUGUGUAUGUUGCUUUUCAUAUCUCAAAUAUAGGUGGUGACAUUCUAAACAUCGAAGAAGAAGAAGAAGAACAACAACAACAAUGUCUAAUCUUCGCAUAAAAUUUAGUGAAAAGGUCUCCAGUUCUCCAAGAACGGAGGUGGGAGAGAUUGACACAAGGGCUCCAUUUCAAUCAGUAAAAGCUGCUGUUAAUUUGUUUGGCGUAGUAGCUUCCCCAAAAGGAAGACCUGUCAUCAAGAGAAGAGCUUCUUCAGAGAAUGUUCUGCACAAGGAAACAGAACUUGUCUUAGCUCAGAGAGAACUUAACAAGAUAAAGGAAAAUCUUGAAAAGGUCGAAACCACAAAAUCUCGAGCAAUUUCAGAGCUUGAAAGGGCUAAGAAGACAUUAUAUGAGUUGACCACAAAGCUCAAUGCAGUGAAGGAUUCCAAGCAAACAGCAAAUGCAGCCGCAGAAGUUGUUAAAGAACGAGCCAAGAAGCUUGAGGUCGAAAAAUCAAAGAAACUGAUUGGAACCGAAGCUUGGAAAACAGAACUAGACCAAAUCAGAAAGGAAUACGCAUCUACUGUUAUUGAACUUGAUGCUACUAAGCAAGAAUUGAACAUGAUCCGCCAAGAUUUUGAUGCAGCUUUGGAAGCUAAACUAGCUGCAUUUCAACAGGCAGGAGAAGCUCAGCGUUUAGCCAAGGUGAAUUCUGAGAAGGCUGUAGAGUUUUCAAGGCAAAUCGCUGAGAUGCGAGCAUCAGCUGGUCAGUUCAAGCUCGCUUUUAUACAAGCUCAAGAAGAGCAAUCAAAGCUCAUCCAAGAACGAGAGGCUAGUUUACAGUCUUAUAUAAUAGCUAAAGAAGAAGCAAAGGAAAAAUUGGAGUCCUUAAAGAAAGAAGUUAAUAUUGUACAGAAUCAAGAGGCCAGAGAUCUCGAGGUAAAGCUUGAUGAAACAAAUGCUGAGAUUGAAGUCUUGCAAGAGGAGAUGAGAAAGUCUCAUGCUGUCGAAAUGGAUAAUGUUAGAAUUGUAACUAUGGAGCUCAACGAAGCAACAACAACACUACAAAAAGCUUCUGAAGAAGAGAGCUCUCUUAAAAGCUUAGUGAACUCGCUAAAGCUAGAGUUGGAGAAUGUGAAAAAGGAAAUGGAGACAGAAUCUCUAUUUGCCAAUUAUGAUGCUGAAAUACUGAACAAAAAACAAAAGGAAAUAGAACUCUCUGAUGAACUCAGCUUCAAACUAAAAAAUCUAUUAGAAGAAACUAAUAGUGCAAGGCAAGAAGAAGAAGAAAUGAAGAAUAAAGCCAACAAGAUGAAGCAAGAGGCAGACAAGUUUCAAGGAGUGGCACAGGAAGCGGAGAAAAAGCUAGAGCUGACUCUGAUUGAAGCUGAGAAAGUGAAAGAAGCAGAGCAAAAGGUACUUGAUGCGGUUAAGGUUGUUAAUGCAGAAAGCAAUGCUAAGAUAAAACUGUCCUUAGAGAAGUUUCAGUCUUUUACUAAAAAAGUUCAGGAGUUCCAAAACAUGGCCGAUGCAAAAGAGGCAGAGAACGAGGCCCAUGUGGGAGAAAUCAAGCAGAGAAAAAUGGAAGCUGAAAGAAAGGUAGAAGCUAAUUUGAAAGCAAUUGAGGAAAUCAAGAUUGCAACUGAUAUGGCUUUGAGGAAAGCAGAGAUGGCAGAUUCAGCAAAAACUGUGGUUGAAGGUGAACUUCAUAAAUGGCGUCAACAGCAAGAACAAAGGAAUGGCAGCUAAGAAGCUCAUACAACAGAGACUUUGUUAUCGUUAGGUCUCAUCUCAGCUUAUAAAGAUUUAAAAGAUAGGGGUGAAAUUGAUCAUUGCAUGGACUGCAUGGCAAACACGCCAUAUAAACUGAAUCAAGAAAACCAGACAACCCCUUUGGUAAGACUCAUUUAGAGCUUUGCUCAUCAUUGUUUUAUUAAGAAAUUUGAGAUAAUUGACAAGCUAGAAAGAAUUUUUUUGCUUUCACAUGAUUUGUUGAAGGCUGGACAAGUGUACUAGCUAAAAUAUCAAUGCAUUAAAUUUAAUGGGAAAUAUAUAUAUAAUAUGUGCAAUUACUAUUU